UAAAUACGAAACAGCAGUGCUGAAGAAGUAAAGCAACUCAACCUUUAGUAAAUACGGUGUUGUAUUGUUUACCUGUCAUUUAGAAUUAUAGAAUGAUCAUGUCAUCUAACCUACAGCAAUUCCAGUUUUGUUCUAUAUGUCAUGCAAGUCAUACUGGGGGUAAAAAACAUGUCUAUUCCAAGAAACAUAAAUUGUUUCUAGAUAAGGCAUUGAAACGGUUUGAUGAGAAACUUUCUCUGUGUAGAAAAGCAAUUGAGAAUCCAUCUGUGAUAAAUUUAUGCAAUGAAAAGAUGAACCUGCAAAAUGUUUGGUGCUAUUUUUGUUCUGUUGAAAUUGAGAGACAUUCAGUAAACGGUAAUUUCCUCAUCAUGGAACAUAACCUAUUGGCUCACCUAACAACAGAACUUCACAAAACCAACACGAGACUGUUCUUUCAGAAAAAUUUUUUGAAGCACUAUAAUAAAUAUAUUUUUUCAGAAAAAGAAUUUGAAAGACACAAUGAAUCUGUGCUGAAGGCAACUAAACAUCUUGAAAAUCAAUUCCAGAAAGAAAUUUUUGUGAAAAUGCAAGACAUACAUAAAGCUGAGUUACAGAAGUCUUCCGUUGCUUCUCAUGUUCCUGAGGCUAAGAACAUUCCAAGGCAAUCAUUAAAACCAGAUGUUACAUCACACACAUUACCACAAUUCAAGAAGACCAUUGCAGCAUUUGGUGAUGGCCUAACUUGUAUUAAAAUGAAGCGUGUAAACAUUCCCAAUGUACACAGCGGGGGUUUGCCACCCUGGAUGCAAGUGUCUGACAAAUCUACAGAACACCAAGUAAUUGGCCCUAGUAUAGUAGACUAUCAGAAGCACUUAACUGAUGUUAAGAUGUCUAAGUUGCCAAAAGAGCGUGUUGGAGCCAGCUUAAGCAGAGAAAUAUCUGUGAAUGCUCAGUGGUUGCCUUCUUUUGGUUGUGUCUGGAACAACCAUCGCAGACUUGAUACAAAGCAUCAAUUCUUGAAAAACAAGACAAAAAUGUUUGGUAAAAGACCAAUGAAAACAGAAAAGUCAGCAACAGCAGCACCAAAAUCCAGAGUGUCUGGCAAAAAAGAUGCCAAUCCACCUGUAGUUCCUGUGAAACCUUAUAAGAAAAAGAGAUGUGUAACUUAGUUGAAUGGCCAGGCUUAACACAUUUGCAUUUAAACUGGCCAUACAUAUCCAGUUCGAAUAUGUUACUCGUUUUACAUUCAAACUGGCUAAAUCUGGAAUCUCUCACUUACCCAACAAUGGAGUCCCAAAAAUAAACAUCAUUGAGAUCUCAAAGCUACAAGAUAAUGCUUGAUUAAUUCAAAACAAUUUGAAUUAAAUAAGCCUUGUACUUGGCAAAAUAAUCUGAAUGUAAAAAGGUUAAACUAAUAUUCAAAGGCAAGAGUACCCAGUUGUUGUUUAACCCUGCAACACAGCCCUGUUUGAGGAGACAUAUAAUGAAAAAGGUUCUGUGAUCAGUGACCAUCCAGUCUUUUUAUAUAUCCAAGACUACAUGAAAAAUAUAUGAUAGAAUAAAAUAGCUGUCUGUGUAUCAUUCUUGAUGUAGAUACAUCACAAAAAAAAGGCAAAUUUACUGUGGUGGUCAUCCAGAGAUAAUAUCUCUCAUGGGUGUACUGUGCUUAAAAUACAAACAUAUCAGUAGCAUGAACAUUAUCCAGCUAUGAUGAGAAUGUUAGAUGCACAUUUCUGCGUCAUUGGGCUUUGUCAGUAGCAUGUACUAUGUAUGCACUGGGAAUCACAUGCUAAGACAAAAUAUGUUGCUACUGACAUAGGAAGAAAGAUAAGUGAAAAAUCACUGGUAUUGCAAUUAGCUACCCAGCUGAAUGUGAAGGCACAUGGCCUGGUGGUUAGGAUGUUGCAUUCACAAUUGCUAGAUUUUGGGUUCAAUUUCCAAACUGGACAACACAACAUAUUCUUGAGCAAAACACUUCAUUUCACAUUGCCCUGUGGGUGAGAGAGUGCCAGAAUUGUUAAUGCAUUUGUAGAAAUACUUUAUGGUAUAUCUUAUGGCUUUCUGCAUUUUGAGUUCAAAUCCUGUCUGUCUGGUGAAGGCAACAGGUAAACACUCCAGUAUUCAUCCCAAAGCUAGUCAUAUUAGCCAAACAGAGGAGGGUAUGGGACCUCCCAGAUCAUAUAGAGAGUGUUGGAGAAGGUUCACAUGCACAGGACCUGCAGAUGAGCACUAGACUAGACCCAGUAGGAUAAAAAUCAGUUAUGUGCUACAGAAGCAGUACUAGAUUAAAAUAGCAAUCUGUGCAUCAUACUUAAUACAAAUACACCACCAAAAGGGCAAAUUUACUACAGUAUUUAUCUCUUGUGGACAUGCUGUGUUAAAUAACACAAAAGUAUAUCAGUAGCCAACAAAAAUCAUCCACCAGUGGUAGUGAGAAUGCUAAGUAUGCGUUUCUUCUUUGUUGAGCUUUGUCAGUAGUAUGUACUCACUAUCAACUGCAUGCUAAUACAAAAUCCAGAAGGUCAUAAACAAUUGAAGGUACCACAUUAAUAUUCAAAUUCUCAAACUUCCUUCUUUAUUUUUUUUUUUUAUCACAUUUUCCCAAAGAGCUGUAUCAUUUGUAGCAGAUUUCCAUUGGGCCAAUCCCUGGAUUAUUGCAUUUCUGGUGGUUACAGCAACAAGGAAGUGAGUGUCUGUACAAUUUGUCCUUCUAUCAUACUUCCACUUUCUUCAAGAGGUCUUGUCUUGCAAAUACUUGGUGACCUUGCUAGUACUGGUACCAUGAGCAAAAAGCACCAAAUACACUCUAAGAAGGGCAUUCAGCUCUUGAAGCCAUACCAAAACAGACACUGAAGCUUGGUGCAACCUUCUAGCUUGUUGAUUCCUGUCAAGCCUUGAUUCCUCACAGUCCAUGCCAACAUGGAAGAAGUGGUGUUAAAUGAUGAUGACGAUGUGUUGGGGUGUUGUAUGUAUUGAAUUUAUUUUGCAAGAAUUUUGAUCUGAAACCAUGUGUUGAAAUCAAUAUUGUUAUAUUUUGGAAGAGUUUUAAAAAUAAAGUCUAUAAAACACA